AUGUAUUUUACUGUUACAUUCGUACAACUUAUCGUGUUGCAAUUUUGUACAAUAUUCUCAAUAACUGAGUGUUCGAAUAUUUUGAAGGAGUCCUUAAGAAUCAUUGGUGGAAAUGACGCUAAUUCAGAAAAGUAUCCGUACGUUGUCCGUAUAGAAGUAAAAAUCAGGACUAUUUCUACAAAUAAUACUAUUAUCGCUGAACAUUAUCAUCUCUGCACAGGAUCUGCUCUUUCGUCAAGAUGGGUACUAACUGCGGCACAUUGCUUGCUUUUUCCGCUCCUAAGUUUUAAUUUGAAAGUUGUCAUAAGAUACGGAAAAGGAUUCGACCCACAACGGACAAAUCAUUCCUUUAGCGAUGUAUUGCAAGCUAUUAAGCAUCCAUUAUACAGAAAACAUGAGAACGACAUAGGUCUUAUACAAGUAACACCCAUGAGUAUUGAAAAUUAUAUGAAAAUUAGUGCUGUGGAUUAUUUAUCAAUACUUGGGCAUGAAGCCGUUAUAGCCGGUUUUGGCAUAACAAAUGUGACUCUUUCAGGAGGUAAAAUCGAAAGAAACGACACUCUCGCACUUAAAAAACCACUACAAGUUUUAAAAGUAUUAAUUUAUAAAUGCCCAGAGUACUACUUUACCAGUUCAUAUUGCUUAGCAAAAAGAUGUGGCCAUCAAGUUACAGUGUGCAGAGGAGAUUCUGGUGGUCCUCUAAUUCAUUCGUCGGGUAUAGCAGGAAUCUUGUUUUUAGGAGAGAGAACAGCUGAUUGCUUAGAUCAAAUACCGAAAACUUCUACGAAUAUUGCUGGUAUUGCUUUACCAAUUAGCCCGUAUAUAGAAUGGAUUUAUAGCUAUGUUUCAUCUUAA